GCCGAGUGAGCUGUCGGUUCUGACGGUGGGCGGGACAGAUGUUGGCCGAGCGGGGUCGGAGAAUGCUGUACAAAGGGACUCUUGUGCAAAUAACGUCUUCAAACCUCCUGCCGUUGCUGCUGGGUGGUGUAGGCCUUAUCAUUUUAUACAGGCUGCUGCAGCGGAUGAAGGAGAGAGCUUACAUUCAGGAUGCUGUGGUGGUGAUAACAGGAGCAAGUUCUGGCCUUGGUAAAGAUUGUGCAAGAGUCUUUCAUGCAGCAGGUGCAAAGCUGGUAUUAUGUGGCCGGGACAAGCAGAAACUGGACGAACUCACGAAGGAGCUGACAGGAAUGGCAAACGGCAAGAGAAAAACAUAUCCACCUCAUGUGGUGACCUUUGAUCUGACAGACGUGGACUCGGUGAGCAGCAGUGCAGAAGAGAUUCUUAAUUGCUAUGGCCAAGUGGAUGUGCUGAUAAAUAAUGCAGGCAUCAGUUACCGUGGGAACAUCCUGGAAACCACUGUUAGCGUUGAUAAAAAUGUGAUGAAUAUCAAUUAUUUUGGACCAGUGGCUUUAACAAAAGCCAUCCUGCCUUCCAUGGUGCAGAGAAGAAGGGGGCACAUUGUGGUAAUUAGCAGUGUCCAAGGGAAAAUAGCAAUUCCAUUUCGAUCUGCCUAUGCAGCAUCCAAACAUGCAACCCAAGCUUUCUUUGACUGUCUGCGCGCUGAAGUGGAGCAAUACCAAGUUCAGGUGUCCGUGAUCAGCCCAGGAUAUAUCCACACCAACCUUUCCCUGAAUGCACUCACUGGCAAUGGAUCCAAGUAUGGUGUGAUGGACAAGAGUACAGCAGAAGGUUACAAGCCCCGUGUUGUUGCUGAAGCCGUUCUCACAGCAGUUUGCAGGAAGAAGAAAGAUGUCUUGAUGGCUGGGUUACUCCCCACUAUUGCAAUUUACUUGCGAACACUGGUUCCAAGCCUCUUCUUUCCUAUCAUGGCAGCAAGAGCUAAGAAGGAGCGCAAGAUGAAGGAUAAUUAAUCCUAUCUUGGGCUCCCUAUAACACACUUCUAUUUAAGCCUUUUGGUGUACAUCUUCUGUAAUUGGUUGAGAAACUAAAUGGUGCUCACUUGUGCCCAGUGAUCUCCCCAUCACUACAUCCAUGUCUGCUUUGAUGGGUUUUUCAGACUUCUGGGACAGACUUUGCAGGUUACACUGAAACCAGGGUAGAUUAAGUAAAUUGAACAUACAACGUUAGGUUUAAAGAGAAUCCAGUAUUUUCAAAAUAUAGAUGAAAUCAAAUGUAUGACAUUGCAUUCACAGUCUGCAACUUGAGUGUCAGUGCAAAGCCAAAAGAUCUGUGCACAGGUGCUAAACUUUGACUGUAUUUUUGGGUGAAGCAACUUGAGUGGCGUGAGCCAACCACUUCCAGAGACUUUCACUUCAAUUCAUCCUCUUACAUGAUUUUUGACACCAAACGUGCUUUGGGCUGUGAUUGCAAUAAUUUGCAACAUCAAUCCAAGUGAAACAAGCCCCUGGACUAUAUGCAUUUGAAAAUAUUUAAGUGUACUGUUUACUAAGUAUAUUUGUGAAAGGAAACAAAUGAUGGAUAAAAAUUUGAUUUUUGUCAGAAAGCAAUGAUCUGCAACUCUGGUUAUUUAUGGCAGGUGUAUAGGUGCAUGUGUAUGCAUAUAGGUAAAAGAAUAAAAGUCAGUUAUAAAAUGCAGCACAGCCUGUAAAAAUCAGACAGCUCCUCACCAUGUGCUGGGUCAACAACAGCAGAGACAAUGCUUGUAAUGUGAUAACAUUGAGCAUUUUUUCCUGAAUUUGUCCCAUCAGAAAUAUGAUGUAUAUGAUGUCCUGGCAAGCUUUCAAUUUUCUGAGGGGGUUUUAUGAUUUGAAUUCUUCACCCUUCCCCAUUUUUUUCACUAAAAUUAUUUCAGUGCUGGAAGAAUUCACUACUGGUACUAAAUCUAUUACAUGCCAAUCAUGUUUAGAAGACAUUCAGACAGACACAUGAUUGGGCAGGGAAUGGAGGGAUAUAGCAAAUGUGCAGUUUAAAUUGACAUCAUGGUUGGCACAGACAUUUUGGGCUGAUCCUGUGCUCUACUCUUUUAUGUUCCACUGUGGAAGUGGGCCAAUUUGCACAUUUUAAUUUCCUGGUAUUAGGAUCACUUACAUGCAAUGUAGAGUAUGCAGUAGGAACGAGGAAGAUAAAGAGCCAGUUAACUCAACAUUGCAGCUGACCGAUUUGAAUUAAGAUUGUUGUAAUCCAGAGCAGAUUAGUUCAAGUUGAUUUGUGUGAUUGUUAAUGACAUUUGACUAAAAUUACACUGAUAAUGAUAAUCAGGAAUUUGUACAAAAUUAAUUUCUCUGAACAAAUAGUAACAUUUAUUCAAAUAAAUAAUUACAGUGAAAAUGCAUCACGCACUCAACAUAUGAUUCCAUACUUAAUGGGUUCUUGAGAUCCCAGCAUAUAUCUUAAUAUGAUUGCAGAAAGGAAAAGUUGCAUGAAAGAAUGUAAAAUGAAAGUUUGGGCCACAUUUACUGUUCCAGCAUUGAAACUGUUGCAGUGGCUCAAAAUAUAGUUGCAGUCAGCACACAAUGUGAGGAUUCAAGCUGCACCUUUUCUGGAUUGAACCCUGAACUUACUGCUAAAUUGAUGUACAUUUAUUGGUGCAUCAUUUGAAAAACUGGCCAAUACUUAUACAUGCAAAUUAUGAAUUUCCAUGUUACAGGGUUAUUUGAGCUGCUCUCCCAGCUUGCCUCAAUUGAUAUUCAUUUACAGUUUUACUUUGUACAGAAAAUUAAUGAGUUAUUCCUGUGAAAGUCUUCAAUCUCAAACUGACAGGGAAAAACAAAUUGUGGAGUCACGUUCCUAUAGCUAGUUAAUUAUUGUUGGAGAUUGUUGCUUUUUUCUGUUCCUGAUUCACCCUAUUUCCUUACUCUGCUGUCCUAUAACGGUUCUUAAAACUUCUUAGUUGGAGAUUGGUAGUUGUAUUUUUAAACAAUUACUGUAGCCUUAUCAGCUUGCUAUAAAUGUGGAAAAUAUUGGGACUGUCAGGUGAAAAAGCUAAUGGCAUAGCACAAAAUGGUUCACUCCAGUAAAUAUUUUUUUAAAUUCGUGAAGUAGAUGAAACCGAGACUGAAUUAUGAAACAGAGGUCAAACAAUAAAUUGAAUUGUUUGCAAUAGAUUCAGCUAAACCAUGGAAGAUUACCAGUUACAAAUUUGCAAUCCCACUUUCCCCGCUAUGCCUGGGCAAGAGAGGAAAAAAAAGUAUCACGUCUGGAAAGCAAAACGUUUAAUAGUGUAUAAGAGUAUUGAUGUUGAAAUAUUAAAGUGCAAGGCUAAAAGUGAUAAAAA